CACCAUGACUCAUCCUCUAUCGAGCUCUAUCUCUCGUGCUUCAGAUACCCGUCGUCUUCGUCACCUACAAACUCUUAGUAGCUCAUAGACAGCAGAUCAAUGGGCAUUAAGGUAUUAUUAACCGACGCCGAAGGCAUGAAUAACAGAAAGUGAUGGGCCACGUCCGGUUAUUGGGGAUCGACCGAAACAUGUGUUUCUCCCCCAGAAACACUCAAGCCAUAUACCCCACAAAUACCCAUAUACUGUUUCUUUCUCUUGUCUUCCACCUCCAAGUUACAGUUUAACAUAAUCCGUCUCCAUUGUGGCUACGUUUCUAGGAGUCAAGCGUAAUCUUAGGGCGGCACCAAGACUCAUAUAUCCACAAAGACUGACCUUCGGUUCAAACCGCAACUUCACAACUACAUAUCCUCGCAAAAUGCUAGUCACGCCACUUACGAAACUUUUGGACAUUCGUCCCUGUUGUGCAAGGCGGAAUGCAAUGGGUUGGACUUCCUCCUUUAGCUGCAGCCGUAUCGAACGCAGGAGGUCUAGGGAUCCUCACCGCACUCACCCAACCUAAUCCCGAAGCUCUUCGACAAGCCAUUCGCGAGACUCGUAAGCUCACGUCCAAGAAUUUCGGAGUCAACAUCACUCUCCUUCCUACAAUCAACCCUCCGGACUAUGAGGGGUAUGCCAAAGUUGCAAUUGAGGAGGGCGUACGAAUCUUCGAGACGGCAGGCAACAGUCCUGGCAAGUUGAUCAAGUACUUCAAGGAUAAUGGUUGUAUUGUCAUUCACAAGUGCACAACUAUUCGACAUGCGAAGUCUGCUCAACGACUUGGUGUUGAUGUACUAAGUAUAGACGGUUUCGAAUGCGCAGGACACCCUGGUGAGGAGGAUAUUGGUGGCUUGGUACUGCUCGCGAGAGCUGCACAGGAGCUGCAGAUCCCGUAUAUCUCUUCUGGAGGCAUUGCGGAUGGUCGAGGACUGGCUGCUUCGCUUGCGCUCGGUGCUGCCGUAGGUUUAGUUAUUCACUCGAAACCUUUGUUACUUGACUUUCUCCCUGUCAGGGCGCGAAUAUGGGAACCCGAUUCAUGUGCACAGUUGAGGCGCCAAUACACCAGAACAUUAAAGAAAAGAUUGUAGCCUCCACCGAACAAGAUACUGUGCACAUCUUCCGAACCCUCCACAACACCGCCCGAGUUUUCAAGAACAAAGUCUCCACCGAAGUCGUCUCCAUUGAACGUCGUCCAGGAGGAGCCAAGUUUGAAGACGUUCGUGAACUUGUUUCGGGAGCUAGAGGUAAAAAGGUGUAUGAGACCGGAGAUCCGGAUUAUGGUAUUUGGUCAGCGGGUGUGAGUGUUGGGUUGAUUAAGGAUAUUCCGACUUGUGAGGAGUUGUUGAAGAGGAUCGAGAAAGAGGCGGAGGAGGUUAUCGAUGGGUUGGCGAAGCUUAAAGUGCCAAAUGAGAAAGCGAAGCUAUGAGCAGGACUUUCAAUGUUGGAUUUUAAUGUACAGUAUCUACGUAGAUCAUCGGCAACUUGAACCUGGAUUUUAUGUGGGCGCU